AUGAGGGCCUGGAUCUUCUUUCUCCUUUGCCUGGCCGGGAGGGCCUUGGCAGCCUCUCAACAGGAAGCCUUGCCUGAUGAGACAGAGGUGGUGGAAGAAACCGUGGCCGAGGUGGCCGAGGUACCCGUGGGAGCCAACCCUGUCCAGGUGGAAGUAGGAGAAUUCGAUGAGGGUGCCGAGGAAACCGAGGAAGAGGUGGUGGCUGAGAACCCCUGCCAGAACCACCACUGCAAGCACGGCAAGGUGUGUGAACUGGACGAGAACAACACCCCCAUGUGCGUGUGCCAGGACCCCACCAGCUGCCCUGCCCCCAUCGGCGAGUUUGAGAAGGUGUGCAGCAAUGACAACAAGACCUUCGACUCUUCCUGCCACUUCUUUGCCACCAAGUGCACGCUGGAGGGCACCAAGAAGGGCCACAAACUCCACCUGGACUACAUCGGACCUUGCAAAUACAUCCCGCCCUGCCUGGACUCCGAGCUGACUGAAUUCCCCCUGCGCAUGCGCGACUGGCUCAAGAACGUCCUGGUCACGCUGUAUGAGAGGGACGAAGACAACAACCUCCUGACCGAGAAGCAGAAGCUGCGAGUGAAGAAGAUCCACGAGAACGAGAAGCGCCUGGAGGCUGGCGACCACCCCGUGGAGCUGCUGGCCCGGGACUUCGAGAAGAACUACAACAUGUACAUCUUCCCCGUGCACUGGCAGUUUGGGCAGCUGGAUCAGCACCCCAUUGACGGGUACCUGUCUCACACCGAGCUGGCCCCACUGCGCGCCCCCCUUAUCCCCAUGGAACACUGCACCACCCGCUUUUUCGAGACCUGUGACCUGGACAACGACAAGUACAUUGCCCUGGAUGAGUGGGCCGGCUGCUUCGGCAUCAAGGAGAAGGACAUCGACAAGGACCUCGUGAUCUAA